CACUCAAUACAUGACAAAGAAAAACGUCUACAAUUAUCUAAUCAAUAUAAACCAUACGCUGCUAGAUGAUGAUUGAACCAAAGCAAAGACACCAGCACGAAAUACUACUUAUCAAGUAUUGUUGAAAGCCAAGAGGAGAGAAAAAAAAAUGCAGUCACCAUGCCUAAAAGAGGUCACAGAAGUAUGCCUCAGUGGCUGCUGCUGCUCCUGCUCCUCCCACUUAUUCAAGUCCACGGCGUCUCACCACACCGCCUCAAAGUCUGAAAGCACUUCUUUGGCUUGUCGCCGUGACUUUGCAACCAAAACUUCAUCAUCUAUCUUCCCAAACACCCAGUUCACCAACCACGAGUCUAUUCCAUCCUUGCAGAAGUCCUUCUCUGACUUCACCAAGGCUUAUCCGAGAUACUAUGAGACAGCAAAAGUCGACCAAAUACGAGCUCAGGAGUACUGCCAUCUCUCACAAUCCAAUCACACCUGCCUUGAUUAUAUAGGAAUCGGUCUCUUCUCCUCUUCCCAGCUGCACAAACAGGAAUCAUCAAAACAAAUGGUACCAUCUUCAUCCACUUCUCUACUUCCAUCACCUCCACAAUAUUCAGAUUACCCUUUCUUCAGUAUAUCCUACAAGACUGCAAAUCUCAAGAUGGAGCUUCUUCAUGGUGGCCAUGAAUCAGAGCUGGAAUCUGCAAUCAGAAGAAGAAUCAUGAGCUUUCUUAACAUUUCAGAAAAUGAUUACAGCAUGGUUUUCACCGCCAACAGAACAUCGGCUUUCAAACUUGUUGCAGAGUCUUACCCGUACAAAACUAGUAGAAAGCUUCUGUCAGUUUAUGACUAUGAGAGUGAAGCAGUCGAAUCAAUGAUUAACAGCUCGGAAAAGAGAGGCGCCCAGGUCAUGUCAGCCGAGUUUUCAUGGCCAAGGUUGAGGAUUCAGUCGGAAAAAUUGAGGAAGAUGAUAGAGAGUAAGAAGAACAAGAAGAAGAAAAGAGGGCUUUUUGUCUUCCCAGUGCAUUCCAGAGUUACAGGUUCCAGAUAUCCUUAUAUAUGGAUGACAAUAGCGCAGGAGAAUGGGUGGCAUGUCUUAGUUGAUGCUUGUGCCUUGGGACCAAAAGAUAUGGACAGCUUCGGCCUCUCUCUUUUUCAACCAGAUUUCCUCAUUUCUUCUUUCUACAAGGUUUAUGGGGAAAACCCAUCUGGCUUUGCAUGCCUCUUUGUCAAGAAAUCUGCUAUUACGGUCCUGGAAGCCUCUAUGAGUACAGGAAUUGUAAACCUUGUCCCAACACAGGAAUUUCUUCAAACAGGAGAAGAGUCCUCUGGUACUGACAUAGAAGUUGAAGAGGUAUCCAAACUUCGUUUGCAACAAGAUAUAUCAGAUAUAUCACGUUCUUUCUCCGGUUUGAUAUCAAAGCAUAGUCGGCAGGGAACACCUGCGAAAACAUUAGAACAAGGAGAACUCUCCGACAGUGUGGAAGAAGGUGCAUACUCAGGAGAACUGGAAAUUUCAGGAGAAUCCGAGAGGCUUGCCAACAACAGAAAAAAUGGGAAUCAAGAGGUUGUAUGCAGGAGCUUGGAUCAAGUGGAUUCUCUGGGGCUAGUACUGAUCACUAACAGGGCGAGGUACCUGAUCAAUUGGCUAGUGAGUUCCUUGAGAAAGCUUAAGCAUCCCAACUCAGAGGGAGUUCCUUUGGUCAAAAUUUACGGACCAAAGAUCAAAUAUGAUAGGGGACCAGCUCUGGCAUUCAAUGUAUUUGAUUGGAAGGGAGAAAAGGUCGAGCCUGUUCUUGUCCAGAAACUGGCUGAUAGAAACAGCAUUUCUCUUAGCUAUGGAUUCUUACACCAUAUCUGGUUCUCGGAUAAGUAUGCUGUAGAGAAAGGACGAGUCCUUGAGAGAAAAGAUAAUGCAGCAAAGGAAAUAGCUGCAAACAAGUUGAAGGCAAAGUCUGGUCCAGGAAUCAGUGUGGUCACAGCUGCACUUGGGUUCCUAUCAAAUUUUGAAGACACAUACCGGCUUUGGGCCUUUGUUGCACAGUUCCUAGACGCGGAUUUUGUGGAGAAGGAGAGAUGGAGAUAUACAGCUCUUAAUCAGAAAACCAUUGAAGUAUAAAUUAUAUAUGUUUAUUUUAAUUGAUCAAAAGUAUAGAAAAACAUUCUUGCAGACUUCUGUACAUUUGGAAUUUAAAGUCACAGGAAAACAGAUAUACCAUCAUUCAUCAUUUCAG